AUGUCCAGAAGCUUUUUACGGCGUGUGGUUUCAGUUGUAUCGUCUUUGGUUAUGAGUUCGGUCAUGUCAGUAGAACGUGGGACUUCCAACUCCUUAUCUUACAGAAUGUUUCUCACUCAUGGCGGAUCUCCUAUUUCAUGUUUUCAUGAUGUCCCAUUGUUAACCGAUACAAAUAACUAUUACAAUAUGAUAGUUGAGAUACCUCGCUGGACAAAUGCAAAAAUGGAAAUUAGCAAAGAAGAACUUAUGAAUCCUAUCAAACAAGAUGUCAAAAAUAAUAAACUGCGUUACGUGAAUAAUGUAUUUCCACAUAAAGGUUAUAUCUGGAAUUAUGGUGCCCUACCUCAAACAUGGGAAGAUCCAAACCAUGUAGAUGAAAAUACCAAGGCUAAAGGAGAUAAUGAUCCUAUCGAUGUGUGUGAAAUAGGUUCGAAAAUUUGGCCCUCCGGUUCAAUAAUACCUGUAAAAGUAUUAGGUAUAUUGGCAAUGGUAGAUGAAGGUGAAACUGAUUGGAAAGUUAUUGUUAUAAAUGCAGGUGAUCCAAUGGCUGAUAAACUAAAUGGUUAGUGAAAAUUUGCCUAAAAUUUUAUUUCAAAAAGACAUUCAUGAUGUGGAUACUCAUAUGCCGGGACUUCUAAAGGUUAGUUUUCAUUUAGUUUUAUUUCUGCAAAUAAUUCAUGAGGUGGCUACAAAUAUGAGAAUUUUGGCACUUCAAGUACUGUCAUAAUAAGUAGAAAAUGGACUGUUAUCUGGAAUGCUGAUUUAACUGAAUAUUUUUGACUCUAGAUAUCAUUGCCUGCUGUGCUAUGUAAAUUCUGGUCAUGUUUGUUAGUGUUAUUUUAGCCCAUAAGAAUAGCCUGUUUAUUGGUCAGUUAGACCAUUUUUUUAUAUUUUAGUAGCAUAAUCUUUUCCAUUUCUAUUGUAGGCUACACGAGACUGGUUUAAGUAUUACAAAGUUCCUACGGGAAAGCCCGAAAAUACAUUUGCCUUCAAUGGAGAGUUCAAGAACAAAGAAUUCGCCAUAAAAAUUAUUUCCCAAACACAUGAACAGUGGCAGAAACUGAUAUCUACCAAAGUUGAAGCUGGUUCUAUCAUACGGGCGAAUGUUACUGUGAAAGGAAGUCCCUACAUCGUAUCAAAAGAAGACUUUCUCGACGCUUUGCAGAAGCAUGACGCUUUUACACAUGGAAGUGAGCCAACAGAUCAAGCUAUUGAUCAAUGGCAUUUUUGCAACCCGGAUGUUUAAUUCUGCUUCAAUGGUCAACUAUCUUAAUCAUUGUUGUGAACUAAUCAUGAUCUAAUCUACAAAAGAUAAUUACAUAUCAAAAUUUACUCAUCUUAUAGUAUUUAAUAAAAACUCAGCGUAUAAUUGUUAUUUACCUUUUUGGUUGUAACCCUAAAUGUUCGUCUGUAUUGGUCUAUUGAUAUUUUUUAAAUUAGGCCAGUUAACGUUAUACAAAUAUACAUAUAUGUUUGGAAAUUAAUUCUCCUUUUUUUCUUAAACAAUUGAAGUAUAUAGGCGUAGCCCGAUUGAUUGAAUUGAAUUUCGUACCCCUAGUUCUUGUGUUUCCCUCUACUCACUUACUUUAGUUUGAUUUGAUUAGUAUAUUGAAGAAUGCAAAGUUUAUUAAUCAUUAUCUUAUUUCAAC